AUGUCGUAUUACGGCCAACAACCAGCAGUACCACCAAAUCUUCAGCAGAUUUUCAUGUCUGUUGACAAAGAUCGAUCCGGCCAAAUUAGCGCUGAUGAAUUGCAAAGAGCGCUCUCAAAUGGUACCUGGAAUCCGUUUAAUCCUGAGACUUGCCGAUUGAUGAUUGGAAUGUUCGAUUCAAAUGGAGAUGGAGCCAUCAAUUUUGGAGAGUUCCAGGCGCUUUGGAAAUAUAUCAAUGAUUGGACUAACUGCUUCCGUGGAUUUGAUACUGAUGGGUCUGGAAACAUUGACAAAAACGAAUUGCAAAAUGCUUUGACCCAGUUUGGCUACCGUCUUUCCAACGAAUUCUACAACAUUCUUAUGCACAAGUUUGACCGAACACACUCAAAUGUCAUCAAUUUUGACGACUUCAUCCAACUUUGUGUUGUUCUCCAGACGUUAACCGCAGCAUUCCGUGACGUUGAUACUGACCGUGAUGGCGUCAUCACCAUCGGCUACGAGCAGUUCUUAACAAUGGUCUUUUCCUUGAAAAUGUGA